AUGCCUCUCAAGCCUUUUAGCCAUGAGGAUCUCGAAGCACCAACAUGCUCCUGCCCGUCCCACAUGAAGGCCCACGAGUCUCCGAUAUCGAAUACCCUGAGGAGAAAAUUGGAUAAGCUUCUCCUUACUCUCAAAUCCCGCCCAGAUCUCACUGCACGAAUCCGGUGUUUGAAAUUACCAAAUCAGUAUCUCCCGUCAGAUAUCAGAUAUUUACCUUACGACAAACUGAACAGGCGAUUGAAAGAGAUUUAUUGCUCUCUACUUGAGCGGUGGUUCCGGAUAUUCAAUAUUUGCUCCAGCACGCUAGAGUCAGUAUCUGGUCUGGGAAACCUAUGGCCAGAGCUCCAAUAUCGUUGCUUUCGGAGAGCAGAAAUUCAGUAUCGCCUGGACCGGAGACCGGAGCUGCCGAAUGAACUAUGGUCGGCUCUAGAGGAAAAUCAAAACUGGACGCGAUGGGACUUUACCAAUUGGUAUACCACCCUACUUCCGGGUACGGAUCUGGAGAUAUUCAGGCGGAACAUGGAUGGUAUAUGUGACUGGAGCCCCGAAAGGAUGCGCCGAACAUUUCGUGGGUGGACCAAUCUUGAGCACGUUGAGGUUGCGAGCCCGGCGUGGAUGCAAAAGGGUCUGCAUCUUCUUCCAAAUCUUCGAUCUGUGGCUAUUCACACGAAUUGCCAUACGAAUUAUAACGAUAUAUUCGAGCAUCUACCACUUCGAGGCAUUGAGUCAAUAACCUACGAUUGCUUCGAAAGGACCCCUCGGAAUACGGUAGAAAUGACUUCGGAGCCCUUCGGAGCCCUUAUUAAUUAUCUGCGCAAUGCUCGGCGUUUAUCACUCAAACUUAGACCAUCCACCAUUCCCACUCUCACCCACCUGAACAUAAAUUUUCAAUGGUGGACCAAAGGUCGACCACUUGGAAUGGGCACAUUCAACCACCUGGCAUUCUCCAUAUUUACUCUGGUUCCCCUCCUCCAGGAGCUCAAGUUGAUCCUAGUUACUCUGCAUGAAAGAACUCUGGGUAGCUCUGAAGAAGAGUCAAACGAAAAGCACACGAUAUGGGAUACCGUAUUUACCGCGCAGCAUCUUCGAAAAAUGACGAUUUCCCUCCCUGCACGGACAAACAAGGAGUGGUUAGCGAAUAAGAUGGUGACGGGGGCGUUCCCUGUAUUAACUGAUUUUACGUUCCGGUCCGCGAUGAGCCGUGAUCACGAUCAGACAUGCUCGUGCGAGAUGGAACAGGAUUCUUUGCUGUGGUAUAAGUUUGGUCAGGCUCAAGAUGAAACUAUGGUCAAUGCUUGUCAGGCUGCAGGAAUACCCAGGUGGACUAUGCAGAUUCGGAGUAAUCCUGAAAAUGCAUGCCCUAUCUUCUUAAUCAACCAUGAACUUGAACAUGGUGCUCAGAGCCUCUACCGGCGAGCGCCGUGGAUGCCAGGGCCAGGGAAACUGGCCUAUGCAGGUACAUCGAAAAUUCUAGGUGGUACCAUAUGCGAGGUGCCAGAUUUCUAA